GGCAGCAAUAGCAUGGCUGCGUUGGUUUUGUUGCUCUGAAACUGAAGACUAGAUUUGGAUGAUGCCAUUGCCUAUUUUAAAUUGAUUGAUAUCAAUUACUUUCAGUGACCAGAAGCUUGUUGCAGACCGCUUCAAAAAGAAACCUUCCUUUGUUUGACUUGCACCUGCAAUUGGGAUUCCAUCAGCUCAUCUAGUCUACUGAAGCUUAUCAAUUACCUUCGUGUCCUUUUAUUUAUACCAGUGCGACCAUGAAUCCCGCACGAGGCCGUGUGCCUGGCCAAAGGAGCCCACAUGUGUUGGUAACCGACUCACGUGAGCAGCAACCAUCUGCUCAACCACGCCGUCGUCGUUCUCCGUCUACACGCUUCAUCACAGUCGACAACGUGCUCCAGUAUACAUCGGAUAUCCCCUCAAUGCAACAACGUCAUCCACCCCAGCCUUCGCGAGCCCGUCCGCGGUCGCGUAUUGCGUCCGCAACGGGUGGCUUAAUUGGCGCAGGCACGGCAGGUGCAUCCGGCGGUGGCACCAGCGCAGUAAGUACUGCGGCAACGAUGGGCCGUCUCGCAGCUCAGCCCCGUUUACCCCCUCGGUCGACCAAAGUUAGUGAGAAAUUGGUUCUUCUUCCCGAAUCGGAAGAAGUGGAUAAUAAGUUGUCAGAAGAUGAGGAGGAAGAGGGAGAUAUUGAUGAGGAGGCUGUGGAUGAGGAGCUGGUUCAGAGACUGGCGAGGGACAAAAAUAUCGAUGCCGAAAUCGUAAGGCAACGACUAUUGACACAGAAGAGGCUUGGUGGGGACUUUGGUGUUGACAAUGACAUUGCGCCCCUGCUGGCAGAGGAGGAGUUAUUGCGCCGCCGGAAGGUCGCGCCGGAGAAGGCUAAAAGUUACGCAGAGCGAUUACCGAAGGCUCGACGUGCGGAGAAAUUGGCCCGUGUGACUGCCUAUUGUACUGCACAGGCUUACAAAAUGAGUUCCCUGGCGACAUUUGUCAAGGAGAGACAUGGUGGAAAGACAAAGCUUUACGACGAUUGCCUGUAUACCGCGUACCAUUUGCCGUUAUUACCCGGUCAUGGAGGUUACAGGCUCAGAAGUAGCCCAGUUGUCAAGAAGCCUGGCGGGAAGUCUCUCCUAGAUGAAGAAAUUGAGCGGAAUGAGCUUCGUGAUCACCAUGAAGACUACAUGCCAGAAGCAGAGGAGCAUUCGGUUCUCGGAAGCCGUGGCGAGCAUGGCUCGCAACACAGUGAUAGCGAAACGCCUGGACAUGACCAGGAGGGCUAUCAUGCAGGCUCAGGGACGAGGGCCGAAGCUACUGAUGGCGCAGCUUAUGAGCAUCAUAGCCAAGCGCCCGUUGGACAACCGGAGCCGACACGAUUGCUAUAUAACGUGGCAGAGAUGUUUGUUUUCAGUUAUGGCGUGGUAGUGUUUUGGAACUUCACAGACAGGCAAGAGAAGGAUCUCCUCGCCGAUCUUGCAUUUGCGACAUCGUCCGUGACUGGAACUCCCAUUCCGCUGGCUACUAUGCCUUUGCAGGAAGAGGAUUUCGAAACGGAGGAAUUCCACUUUGAAUACUCGACUGAAAUCUCUCGUCCCCGCGUAUACAACGACAUGAUUACACUACGAAGCGGUGACCACAUGAUAAAACUGGCUAUCAGUCAUGGUAUUGCUCAGAGCACCAAACUUUGCUUCUUCGAAGAAGUCAUGGCCAGGCAAAUGGCCGAAGCAAAAGACGUACCACGUAGGCUCGCCAUGACCGGCAAACUGGGCAUGAAACGUGAAGAAGUGUUCAGGAUUCUGGGAAGAUUAUUCAAAAGCAGAGUAGAGGUCAACCUCUCCUCCAACAUGCUAGACGUCCCCAAUUUCUUCUGGGAAAGCGAACCAACUCUAUACCCACUCUAUAUCGCCGUUCGCGAAUACCUCGAAAUCAAGCCACGAAUUCAGGUCCUAAACGAACGUUGCCGUGUCUUCCUCGACCUCGCCGAAAUUCUCUCGGACUCAAUAGCCGACAGCAAAACCUCCCACCAAACCUGGAUCAUCAUUGUCCUAAUCAUCAUCUCCAUCCUUGUCACCACCUCCGAAGUGUUCCUCCGAUUCGGCCUCCUCUCCUCCGGCAAAGGCGCCUCGUCCACCUCAUUCGCCGCAGCCCUCUUCUCGCGGGCCCUGAACCCGACUCCCCCGUCUUGUUCUUGUCCUGCCCCUGUCCCGAGCACAGGCUUAAACGCAACAGCAAUGGGGCUAUUAAAUUCAUAAUAAUACUUUCUCCUUGGUCAUGGCCAAAUUAGGAUCCUAUAAUCAUCUUUAUUCCCUUGUUUCCUCACUCCUUGUCUAUUGAUGAUGUACAUAGUAAUAAUGCAGGGUAUUGCUAUUCUUUGUUUCCAUGGGAGAUAAAGAAGCUGGUAUUCUCAAAGUAUAAUCCGAAGCAUAUCUACAAUCCUGUAAGUACUAAUCCAACGGUCCCAUUAAUGUGAAUG